GUAGCCAACAAAGAAAGUUAACUCACCAACUUUCUCUUUUAUAAAGAAAUUUAGUUUAUUGAUAAAUAUCCCCCAUGAGUACGUUUACUUACUGUCUCCUCUGUUUUCACAGUCAACGCUCUCUCCCAAAUCCAAAUCUCUUAUCUCAUUUCACGAUCCAAAGUUUCCAAAUUCCCUUCUGGGUUUUUCUCUUCACUCCUUAAUCUGAUAUGGGUCGUAGGCCAAACGACCCAGAACACUCCCGUUUCGCCUCUCUCGUCCUCGUCUUGGUGGCUCUGUUCUCCUGUGUUCUGGUCUAUGCAGUUGUUUCUACUCUCUUGAACCCCAAUGUAAAUUCUCAAGCUUCCAGGUUUGGGUCUUUGGAAGUGGUGAUGAGUGGUGAUUUGGGGGAAAAGAAGGGUGAGUGUUGUAGAGGCAUUGAGAAUUUGGAGCUGUGGGGUGCAGCUGUGAAGUGGGGGUCUGAGUUCAAGUUCAAGUCCUCUCUGGAAUGUUGUCAGGCUUGCAAGACCAUGUGUAGUGGCAAUGAUGGGCCUUGCUUGUGCGAUACUUGGGUUUUCUGUGGGAACAAGGAGGCCUGCGGAUCGAGAUUUGGGGAGUGUUGGUUGAAGAAACAAAAGGAUACUUUGUCCCCUGAUCAGCAGGAUGCCGGGAAAAGUGUUAGUUGGACUUCUGGGGUCAUCUUCGGGAAAGGAGAGGGCAUUGUUGGGAUGGAAACUGAAUAUGGUACUCUUCAUAUAAAACUUUUCCCAGACUGUGCCCCAUAUUCUGUGGCCUACAUUCUUGAGUUGUUAACAUUGCGCCAUUGUGCUGGUUGCCAAAUAUAUCGUGCAGAAAGCCGAGGACAAUCUUGGGAUUCAGAAGGAAAUCAUAUAAAAGAUGCUAAUUAUGGCCCACCAUUUGCACUGAUUCAAGGGAUUCUUGAAGCCCAAGGAACCCCAUUCAAAAAGAUUCCAACAGAGGCUUGCCCUACCAUAAGAAGGGGAUCGGUUGCCUGGAUUGGCUUUGGUCCAGAGUUCUUCAUAAGCCUAGCUAACCACGAAGAAUGGAAAAAUUCGUACACUGUAUUUGGUUCUGUUCUUCCAGAAGACAUGGAGAUUGCAGAGAAAAUCGCACAACUUCCAACCAAAUCAGAUAUCUGGAACAACAUUAACGUGUCUGUCUUGCAAAAGCCUGUUCCCUUGAUUAUGCGAAGAAUGAAGAAGAAUCUUGGAGAUCUUAAUACAAAUUUGAAAUCAGAGUGAAGCUGGUAUUUAUAUAUUUUUCUUGUUUGUUUCUACAAUUUUCUUCAUAUUUGCUUCUUUUUUAAGCUUCAUUUAUUCCUCUAUUUUUCUUUCAAAAGCAGUAAUGCAAAGGUCUUGAGUCAAUUUAUUGGUCUCAUGUAUUUUCUUGGUAACUUUGAGAAAGGUGUGUAAUUUGUGCUCAAAUCACUUUAUAAUAAAGCUUAAGCAACUAGUUGUGCAUCAAGAAAAAGAAAAGUUGGAUUGUGUUCUUUGGAGCAACUCUUCUGCCUUUUCUCAAAUGGUUUUGGGGUAUGGCAACAUUCAAAUUGUUCUGAACAAUUCUAAAGAUUUUUGCCAUAUA